UGCCCGCAAGCUAUUACGGCACUUGCUUUUACAUUUGUAACUGCUUGAACUACUCCUGGUUUCUGAGUUGGAAGAAUGGCGGGAUAUACUGCUCUUGCUCUGAUAGCUGCACUGCUGGUGAUAGGAACAGCCUCAGCCCGUCCUUAUGGCCCCUACGAGUUACCUCCUGGACCACGUGGUGCUAAUGUGUGGGACGGUUACGGUGGUUAUUGGGGAGACUACCCGCACUCUUAUGGACAUUACGACCCAUGGAGGGGAUAUGAUGUUCUGUAUGGCUAUGGAGGGAGGGGAUUUGGGGCGAUGGGUGGAGGAGAUAACAGCAUCUACAACUCGGAGUAUCCAUCGUACUACAACAGCUUCUGUAACUGCAACGGGAACUCUCGCUGCAUCAUUGAGUGCGAGUCAAGCCAAUCUUACAAGUUCUCUUCUUAAAAGUGGAGUGACUCGUACACCCAGGGACCAAGAUAUACAUAGCUAUAGAACUUGAACGAUGCAUACAUGUAAUAGAAUGAACUGUAGGGCUGUCAUAAGCUAAGUUGUGUAUAUAUGUAGGUUGCUAGUUGUGUCUCAAUUAUGAUAUCAUUUGAUAAACAGCAA